GAGCGCAGUCGCCCGGCGGGCUCGGGAGGACGGAGCGCCGGGGACCAAGCUUGGGGAACCGGCUGCGCGCAGCCAAGUGAAGUCGGGGCAGGACCCCAGCCGCCCCGCCGCAACCUGGUCGUCUCCUCGGACCGCAGUCCCGGGCUCCCUGCCUUCUACCCCGCCUCGGCCCCGCCCCGGCCCGGGUGGCCCGGACCCGGAGCCGGGACGCGGGUGCCGCAGCCCGAGGCAGGCCAGCGCGCGGCGUGAUGGCGGAGAAGGCGCUGGAGGCUGUGGGCUGUGGUCUAGGGCCGGGGGCCAUGGCCAUGGCCGUGGCACUGGAGGAUGGGGCGGAGCCGCCGGUGCUGACCACGCACCUGAAGAAGGUGGAGAACCACAUCACAGAAGCCCAGCGCUUCUCCCACCUGCCCAAGCGCUCGGCCGUGGACAUUGAGUUCGUGGAGCUGUCCUAUUCCGUGCGGGAGGGGCCCUGCUGGCGCAAACGGGGUUAUAAGACCCUCCUCAAGUGCCUGUCGGGCAAAUUCUGCCGCCGGGAACUGAUCGGCAUCAUGGGCCCCUCGGGGGCUGGCAAGUCCACAUUCAUGAACAUCUUGGCAGGAUACAGGGAGUCUGGGAUGAAGGGGCAGAUUCUGGUGAACGGGAGGCCGCGGGAGCUGAGGACCUUCCGCAAGAUGUCCUGUUACAUCAUGCAGGACGACAUGCUGCUGCCGCACCUCACUGUGCUUGAGGCCAUGAUGGUCUCCGCCAACCUGAAGUUGAGCGAGAAGCAGGAGGUGAAGAAGGAGCUGGUGACAGAGAUCCUGACAGCACUGGGCCUGAUGUCCUGUUCCCACACGAAGACCGCCCUGCUCUCCAGCGGGCAGAGGAAGCGCCUGGCCAUUGCCCUGGAGCUGGUCAACAACCCACCAGUCAUGUUCUUUGAUGAGCCCACCAGUGGCCUGGACAGUGCAUCUUGUUUCCAAGUGGUGUCCCUCAUGAAGUCCCUAGCCCACGGGGGCCGGACCAUCAUCUGCACCAUCCACCAGCCCAGUGCCAAGCUCUUUGAGAUGUUUGACAAGCUCUACAUCCUGAGCCAGGGCCAGUGUAUCUUCAAGGGCGUGGUCACCAACCUGAUCCCCUACCUGAAGGGGCUGGGCUUGUACUGUCCUACCUACCACAAUCCUGCUGACUUCAUCAUUGAGGUGGCCUCUGGCGAGUAUGGAGACCUGAAUCCCAUGCUGUUCAGGGCGGUGCAGAACGGGCUGUGUGCCAUGGCUGAGAAGAAGAGUAGCCCCGAGAAGAAUGAGGUCCCCAACUCCUGUCCCCCUUGCCCUCCGGAAGUGGACCCCAUCGAAAGCCACACCUUCGCCACCAGCACCCUCACACAGUUCUGCAUUCUUUUCAAGAGGACCUUCUUGUCCAUCCUCAGGGACACGGUCCUCACCCACCUGCGUUUCGUGUCCCACGUGGUGAUUGGUGUGCUGAUUGGUCUCCUCUACCUGCAUAUUGGUGACGAUGCCAGCAAGGUCUUCAACAACACCGGCUGCCUCUUCUUCUCCAUGCUCUUCCUCAUGUUUGCUGCCCUUAUGCCCACCGUGCUCACCUUCCCUUUAGAGAUGGCCGUCUUCAUGAGGGAGCACCUCAACUACUGGUACAGCCUCAAAGCCUAUUACUUGGCCAAGACCAUGGCUGACGUGCCCUUCCAGGUGGUAUGCCCGGCAGUGUACUGCAGCAUAGUGUACUGGAUGACGGGUCAGCCCGCUGAGACCAGCCGCUUCCUGCUCUUCUCAGCCCUGUCCACCGCCACAGCCUUGGUGGCCCAGUCUUUGGGGCUGCUCAUUGGGGCCGCCUCCAACUCACUGCAGGUGGCCACCUUUGUGGGCCCAGUCACGGCCAUUCCCGUCCUCCUGUUCUCUGGCUUCUUUGUCAGCUUUAAGACCAUCCCCACUUACCUGCAGUGGAGCUCAUAUCUCUCCUACGUCAGGUAUGGCUUUGAGGGUGUGAUCCUGACCAUCUAUGGUAUGGAACGAGGAGACCUGACGUGCUUAGAGGAACGCUGCCCAUUCCGUGAACCCCAGAGCAUCCUCCGGGCGCUGGAUGUGGAGGACGCCAAGCUCUACCUGGACUUCCUGGUGUUGGGCAUCUUCUUCCUGGCUCUGCGGCUGCUGGCAUACCUCGUGCUGCGUUACCGGGUCAAGUCUGAGAGAUAGAGCUGUGCUCCCGCCCUGGCCUGGGCCUCCCGCCUCCGCAGCAGGAAGCCCUCAGCCCCAGCCUUUUGGGGGCUGUUUUAAUCUGGUAGACCUGGGCACCGAUUGCUGGUGCAGCCACCCUCUGCUUCCCCUGGAGCUCCCCAGGCUGGCUAUGGGACCUGUGCUCCCUCCCAGCCUGGGCCACCCUGGGGUUUCAGCCUUUCCAUUGUGCCCAGGAGUCUUCCCAAGUUGAUGCAGUUUGUAGCUUCCCCCCUACUCUUUCCAACACCUGCAUGCAAGGACCACUGGGAGGCUGCCACCCUCCUCCCUGCCCUGGCACCUUCCUCUGUUGUCUGUUCAGGAGCCCAGGGCCCCAUGCUCAUUUACAACAGACCAAAGUGGCCCCCUCCGAGGGGGUUCCCCACCACACAAGUGUUUGUAAAUUGGGUGGCUUGAGGGUUGGAGUUCCAGGGCUGGGCCCUGGUGGGGUCCCCUGGAAGCCCCAUUUUGGAUGUGGGAACGGAGCAGGGAAGGGCUCUGGAAGCUUCUUCUUCCUCCUCCAACUCCUCCUCUCUCUUCCCCUUCCCCGAGACCCUGGCUGACUCUGACAAUCUGCUAGGACAGAAGCUGGAUUUUCUGUCUGUGUCUUCACUCCCUGUUCUGGGGAAUGGAGAGACCUGGGAUCAUGGGACACCCCUUCCCCGUCCCUGUCACUGAUCCCUGUUGCCUUUGGGGAGUAGAAGGCUGGUGGCACCUCUGCAAUAAUGUCUGUGCUUCUGUCACACCUGCCACUGGAACUGGAGAAUGCACUUUAUUCUGGGUGGCAUUUGGGGGGUUGUGGUGAGGGGAGACUGGACUCUGCUUCUACCACAGGCCUCACAAAGCUGCCUCGCAGCUCCAGAGGGAGAGGCAGGUACAUGCGAACAGGCAAUCUCAGUGCUCCACUUGCCAUUGUUUCCCACUCAAAGACAGGUGGUAAUGGUCCAUGCUGCAGGGAGGGCAGUGCCAGGCGCCUCCUGGAUGAGACCCUCAGGAGGAGGCUGGUGCUGCCCAGGUGUCUCCAGGCUCUGCAGGUGUGUACCCCUUCCACCCUUCUCCCAGCCAAGGGUGGCACAGGGCACUAGCUCCCUGGAGUUCAGGACCCAACACAAGCACAAGCAUGGGCAUACCACCACCCUGUGGCCCUCCUUUUGUGUUCAACUUGGCAUUCUCAUCAGCCCCACUUCU